ACUGCGCCCAAAGCUGCCUGGGUAAGGGCCAAGAUGGCCGCCUCCUGCCUGGUACCUGUGUGAGGCCAGUGGAGACGGUGCCAUCUCUUUUGAGGUCACGUCUGGCCCUCAUACUGGGACUUUUUUGGUAUGCCGUUGAGAGACAGUCUAGAGUAAUGGCAGGGGUUCUCUCUUGGGCAGGUAGAAGCUUGUGGGGCUGGAUGCCCUACGCAUGCAGAAGCUUCUCUAUGGGUGUUCCGCGAUUGACCAUCCGUAUAAGGCUCACCCUCCCGCCCCCCAAAGUGGUUGAUCGGUGGAACGAGAAGAGGGCCUUGUUCGGAGUAUAUGACAACAUCGGGAUCCUGGGGAACUUUGAAAAGCACCCCAAACAACUAAUCAAGGGCCCCAUAUGGCUUCGAGGCUGGAAGGGGAACGAAUUGCAGCGUUGUAUCCGGAAGAAGAAAAUGGUUGGAAAUAGAAUGUUCUUUGAUGACUUGCAUAACCUUAACAAACGUAUCAGCUAUCUCUAUAAGCACUUUAACCGACAUGGGAAGUAUCGGUAGAUCGGAAAGCUGGGAACUGUGGAAGAGGCAUCCAUCUGUAGCACUCUGAAGAAGGGGAACAGAACUUUUCCUUAUGAGGAAAGGAUUUUGUUUUCUCUCUGUAAUAAUAAAAUGUGGCUUCUUUGGAAUCUGA